UAUGGGAGUUGGCCACUUUGUGAAAGAAUUUUGUGUUGCGAUCUCCUUCUUUCAAGCAUAAUGAUCUUUAUUUUUGACACCAAGAGAUCUCUUCCAAUAACACUACCAUUUCUAAUUCUGCCUUUAGCUUAGCCUUCCAAGAUGCUUCCUCCAUAGAAAGUGUCUGCCUCCUGAAGCUCCUCUAGCCUGGAUUUUUUAUGGUCUCCUACAUCACCAAAAGAUUGAGUAUUCCAUAGCUUGAAGUCAUUUUUUAGAGCUUUCAAUUUACUUGAAAAAAUGAAGCUAGGGGUGCCACUAAUCCGAUAAGAAUCUCACCAUUGCCUAACCCUUUCCAGAAACAGUUCUUCUGCAUGCAACUGCCGGUGCGGAACUGGCAGUGCCGAUAAUUAAUUAAUUAAAAAAAAAACUCAAACUCAAACCGAGUGAGUGAAAUAUGCGGGAGAAAUGGAGGGAAAGUAAAAACAAGCUUCGAAGAACUCCCGAUUCGUUUCCUCUGAUUGUAUCUUGGUCUGUGGUCGCCGUCGUCGCCUUCUUUACGGGUCCAAAAGCACACUGGUCACUUAGUGAGGAGCCCGAGAACUUGCUGCUUACUACAGAAGGACAUGUUAAAAUUGUUGAUUUUGGGAGCGUAAAGCCUAUGCAGGAGAGCCGAAUUAUAGUUCCUCCUAAUGCUGCAUCAGAUGAUAAAGCCUGUACUUUUGUGGGGACAGUUGCAUAUGUUCCUCCGGAAGUUCUUAAUUCUUCUCCGGCAACGUUUGGGUUUUAAUCUUGUUAUUUGUAAUAGUUUCAUUGCUUUUUGAGAGCCUUGCUCUAGCACUGCUUAAAGAUGAAAUCCAGAAGAGAGAGGCUUUACUAUCGAAUAUAAAUGAUGGGGUUUUGAAGGAGUUGGUGCUUCUGGAGCAACAAGUUGAAAUAAGGCAUUUACGCACACUACUUCGGCUGUAUUGAGCUUUUCUAUUUGUUGUGUCAUGUUACUUAAUAGUAUCUAAUUGAUUUCGGAACUUGGUUUGUAAAUACAUAACUUAAGUAUGUGUUUCUGAUUUAUGUAAAUCCAAAACAG